CCUGGCUCCUGCUCCUGGCCAAGACCGGCCUGCCAUGGUCCUCCUGCUGACUCUUCAGCUGCUGACCCGCUUCCUCCCAGGUUCCUACCCCAAGCCAUGGUUGGGGGUUCAGCCAGCUGCAGUUGUGACCCCAGGGGUGAAUGUGACCCUGAGGUGCCAGGCACCCCAGCCUGCCUGGAGGUUCAUGCUCUUCAAGCCCGGAGCUACCACAGUGCACCAGAAUGUAUCUGAGGAGGUGGCAGAGUUCUUCCUGGAGAAGGUGACCCCGGCCCAGGGGGGCAGUUACCACUGCUGCUACCAGAGACUGGGCUGGGAGCAUGGCGUCUGGUCCCAGCCCAGCGAUGCCCUGGAGCUGCUGGUGACAGGUGAGGGCCUGGGGGGGAGGGGAGAAGGCACCUGGGCUGGUGUGUGGGAGGGGAGGGGAGUCAGAGAGAUACAGGGAGGCCUGGGCCGCAUGAGCUUCGCGCUGUACCGCGAGGGCACGCAGGCGCCGCUGCUCUACCGCGUCUCGGAGCUGCCCUGGGCCGACUUCCCGCUGCCCGCGGCCGGCGCGGCCGGCACCUACAGCUGCUACUACCACACUCCGUCGGCCCCCUACGUGCUGUCGGCGCGCAGCCCGCCGCUGGUCAUCCGCUCUGAAGACUCUGACUCCUCGGACUACACCCAGGGGAACCUCAUCCGCCUGGGGCUGGCCGGCCUGGUCCUCAUCUCCCUGGUCAUGCUGGUGGUUGCUGACUGGCGCGGCCGGAGAGGGGCCCCUGGCAGCAGGCGGCCUGAAGCUCCACAGGACUGGCUCUAGACACCCGCAGGGGCGCUCUGCCAGGGCCGUGUGCGCCCAGACUCCAGCUUCCUGAGCAAUAACCCCCCGUCCCAUGCUGGCUGUGCAGGGGCCUCGGCCUUCUGGAUCGUCCGUGGUUAAGUCUUUCUAGCCAGAAGACCUGAGUUCGGAUCCCGUCGCUGCCUCUCUAUCUCUGUGGGCUGCCAGGAGAGAGACUUCCCCAAAACUUGGCUGCCCAGCCCGAAAAAUGGGUGCACUAGUAAUACCCACUUCGUAGAAAGGCUGCAGUUAGUGGACGGCACGCAAGGACGUUUGGAGCCUACGGAACGCGCAGUGUUCGCCUCGACCUCACAGCGACCCAUGGCCUCGCGGGUCGGUGGGCGGCGUGUCCGUCUCCCGAGGGCUUCCCGCGGGUCCCGCGCCUGCUUCCCACGUUCCCCUUCUGCUAAACGCCGCUCCUGUUUUUCUUUGACGUCUGUGUCAUUUCCCCCACCGCCAUUGCGCCAGCCUCUCCGGCCUUUCUCCCUCCCCUUCCGCUUAACUCAGAAGACUGACUUCUUUAAGAGAGUCCCAGGCUUUUAGAGUUCCUCUGCUCCGCCUCAGUGCCCGCCGUGUGAAAGUUCAGGGCUGUCGCUGUCCUCUGAUCUGCUUGACUACCUGAUUCCCUGCAGCUGCUUCCACUCUGCGUCACCCCUGAUGGCGGCAGGUAGUCAGUGCACUGGGUGCACACACCCCCCUCCCCCAGUCUGUGGGUGCCGAGGCCCCUCCCAUGAAUCAGCGAUUGUAAACAGUGCUGCAAUAAA